CGCCUUGGUAUACUUCCCAUUAAAGUCCAAAAACUACCGUCAUUAUCUACAAUGUUCCAAUUCGACUCAUCUCCGGCGCUCGUAGUGGUUGAUAUGCAGAACGGCUUCUGCCACAAGGAUGGCAGCUUCGCAAGACUGGGUAUACAGAGUGACCCAACGACAAUUGUUCCUCGCAUCAACGAGCUACUCUCCAAAUUUCGCGCUGCUGGCCUCCCUGUCUACUUCUUGAAGACAGGGUACAAGGAAGACUACUCAGAUAGACGUGGUCGCGAUAGACAGGAUCGACUCGAACAACUCCAAGGUCUUUUACAGGGGACUUGGGAUGCCGAUAUCCUAGACGAACUCACGCCUAGUCCCGGCGACAAUGUCGUCAACAAGACAAGGAAUUCAUGCUUUUAUCAAACGUCGCUGGAGAAUACACUGAGGGAGCGAGGAGUCGGCCAUUUGAUCUUUACCGGAGUGGGAACCGACGUAUGUGUUGAGACGUCGGCAAGAGACGCUUAUCAAUUGAACUUCGCCGUCACUACCAUAAGUGAUGCUACCGGGACAUGCAAUGAGUCUGACCACCUAGCGGCUCUACACGCCCUACGGAAUUUUGGUGGCACAGCGUCGACAUCGGAAGUUAUUGAGGCCCUGGAGAAGCUACGAGACUCAAACCAUGUGUGA